AUGAAUGGGAGAGACGUAGAUCAGCUGGGUGAAUAUGUGGGAGAUCCAUAUAUAAAGCCCGAAGAUUACCCCGAUCUAGAAUUAGAAGCGGGUACUUUAUCACCAGGAGAUAGUUAUGAGUCAAUUCAAGGUGGUUCAAAUAGUGGAGUUAAUAAUAUUUCCAAUACUAAUAAUAAUAAUAAUAAUAAUAAUAAUAAUAAUAAUAAUACCAAUCCUAAUAUUAAACGAUCUACACUGCCUUCUGCCCCUCGUCAGAAACGUACAUCAUUAGCAUGUAUCAGAUGUCGAGCUCGUCAUAUUCGAUGUCCUGGUGGAGAUCCUUGUAAGAAAUGUCAAUUAGCUAAGACAAAAUGUGAAUAUGUUGAAGCAGAUAAGAAAAUAGUUGUAUCAAUGAAAUAUUUAUCUAAAUUACAUGAUGAUAUAGCCCGUUUAAAGAAAGAUAAUGCUGUAUUAAGAAAUAGUCUUAAAGAAGAAGAAAAUAAACGUUUAAAGAAUACGGUUGUUCAACUGAAUAGCUUUUCCAAUAAUAUACGGACCAAUAGUAUCAAUACCAUUCCUAAUAAUAAUUAUAAUAAUAACCAUUACCGAUCACAGCAACAACAGCAACAGCAACAGCAACAACAACAACAACAAAUGAAUUAUGGUAAUGAAGUUAUCCAACCAUCUUUGGAUAAACAUGGAAGACUAAUACAAUCUAGAACUGGUGAAAAAGUAUAUGUUGGAUCAUCUUCUAUGACAUUAUUUGGUCUUGAAAUUCAAAAUAUGGUACCAUCAUUUCUGUCUUCUACAUUAUUAACAGGUUCUUCAUCAACAACUUCUCCAUCUCCAUCACCACAAGGUUCAUCACCUAGAUCAGAUCAUACUAUAACUUCAAUAACCAAACAUAAACGAGAAACAGAAAUCUUGGAAAAGGAAGGUAAUGCUUAUCGAAUUACUCUUGCUAAAACCAAUACUCGACCGGGAUUAUCAAUUAAUUUUACAUUACCAUCAUAUUCAUAUGCUAUGUUAUUAGUUGAUACAUUUAUAAAUUAUAAUGAUGGAUGUUUUUAUUUCUUUAAUGAAGGACUUGUAAAGAGAUUUCUUAUUAAUUUAUAUUCAGGAAGAGCUCAUGAAAAUAAAAAGAUAUUAAAGAGAAAUAUAUCAACUAAAACUGGUCCAUUAGAAGAAGAAAAUACCAUUAAAAAGGAUGCUGAUGAUGAUACAAUAUUAGAAACCAUUUGGUUUUGUAAAAUAUUACUUAUAUUUGCAAUUGGAGAAAUGUAUCUUGGAACUGAAUCAAAUUCUCAUGUUACAAAACUGAGAGUUCAAGAAAAGAUUCGUAAUGAAACUAAAAAGAAUAAAAAUAAAGAAAAGAAAGAAAAGGAUACAUUACCUGGUUCAGGAUUCUUUUAUCAAGCAUCAGAAUUAUUUACUGGAUUAUUUGCUUCUGGAGCUAUAGAUAAUAUUACAAAAGAUGGAGGUAUUGAAGUUAUGCUUUUAUAUGCAUUUUAUUUACAAGUAGCAGAUUGUACAAUUGCAUCAUAUUUUUAUUUUGGAUUAGCCCUUCGUUCAACAUUAAUUUUAGGAUGGCAUGUUGAUGCCGAUAAAGAAAAUCUUAAUAGAUUUGAAUUAGAACAUAGAAGAAGAAUUUGGUGGACAGUUUAUAUGUAUGAAAGAAUGUUAUCAUCAAAAGCAGGAUUACCAUUAAGUUUUGCUGAUGAUAGUGUUUCAACCGAAUUACCAAUUGAUUUUGAAAUUGAACCAAAUAAAAAUGAUAAUGAAGAUGAUGUUAAAAGUUAUUAUAUAUUUCCUCCAGCAGAUUAUAUUAAUAAUUGUGUUACAAUAACUCAAAUUAAUGCAAUAAUUUUAUCAUCAUUAUAUACAAAACAACCAACUAUAAAUAUUUUACCAGUAGUUUCUGAUCUUGUUCAUAAAUUAAUGAAUUGGAAAAAUGCAUUACCAGAUUUUUUAAGAGUUGAUUUCUCAGCUGAUAAUGUAAGAAUUACAAGAUUAAUUGUUAAUUUAAUGACAGAAUAUUUUCAAGGUAUGAAUUUAGCUGUUAGACCAUUAUUAUUUCAUUUUGCUACCAAAAAAUUAAAGGAAUUACAAGUACAAAAUUCCGUUAAUAAAUAUGUUGAUUUAUCAAAAUAUUCUAAAAAUGUUUUAUUUUUAUUAAAUGCAUCAUUUCAAGCUUCAAUAAAUACUAUAAAAUCAAUUUGGGCUUUAUUACCUGAAAAUAUGGUGGCAUUAUUUGGAUGGAUGGAUAGAGAAUAUUUAUUUACUUCAGCUUCAACUUUAAUAUUAUUUAAUGCAUCAUUUGGAGUUCAUGAUGCAACAAAGGAACAUCUUGAUCAUGCUUUACAAAUCUUUACUAAAAUGAAAAGAUUAGGUAAUUAUCCAGCCGCUUUAAGACGAGCUCAAUUAUUAAAAUUAAUUAAAGUAUUAGAUUUUAAUGGAGUUAUGAAUGAUUUAUUAAUUAAACAUGAUGAUGAAGAAUUUAUGGUUAGUAAUGAAAAUUUAAGUCAUGUAGAAGAAGUUAAUGAAAUAACUAAUUCUAAUAUUAAUGAUGAACAUUUAAAUCAAUUAGAUAAUGAAUUAGAAAGUGAAUUAGAUUUCCCUCCUCAAUCAAAUCCAAUAGAACCAACAAGAAUGACAUCAGAAUUAAGUAAUGAUUCUUUUGAUUUUAGCUUUUCUGUACCUUCUGGUAUGCCACCAGUUAGUGGUAUGGCUGGUGAUAUUUAUAAUUCUGAUUUGGCCGGUAUAGAAGGUUUAACUUAUCUUGAUGAAGAACAAAAAUUAUGGAACGAAAUUACUCAUGAUGCAGGAUGGUUAAAUGUUGGUGGUGAUGCUCCUACUAAUUUUUAA